AUGGCUGCUUCCUUUUACCACAUGGGUCCCAAAGAAACCCUUCAGACUGUUGGGAUUAUUUAUUUGCUGAAGCACUUUGGAUGGACGUGGAUUGGCCUUUUUAUUCUGGAUGAUGACAGUGGAGACAAUUUCUUCCAAGCCCUGGACCCACUUUUUUCUGAGAAUAGGAUCUGCUCUGCCUUUGUGGAGAGACUGCCUAAACAAGCAUUCUUUUUUAUGUUUCAAGGUGAUUUAAUGCAAAUGGUAAAUAUUUAUUUGAAUCACCCCAUAGCCAAUGCAUUCAUCUUUUAUGGGGAAAACACCACAGCCAUGCUUCUAUUUCUGUUCAUUAAGUUUCUAGUGAUAACCUGUGGAAAAAUGUGGAUUCUGACAGCUCAAAUGGACUUAACAUUAACAAGUCUUCAUCGACCAUCAGAUCUGCAAAUGUUUGAUGGAGCAAUAUCCUUUGCUAUUCAUUCUAAUGAACUGCCAGGGUUCAAUGAAUUCCUUGGUAAAAUAAAACCAUUUUGGACCCAGCGAGAUAGUUUGUUGAAAGAAUUCUGGGAACAAGGUUUUGAUUGUAGCUUUUUAGGCAGCAAUACGCCAGUGGACAAUGAUGAAGCAUGUACUGGGAAGGAAGAUCUAAGAAACCUUCCCAGGCAUUUAUUUGAGAUGACUGGCCACAGUUACAGUAUCUACAGUGCAGUCUAUGCUGUAGCACAUGCUGUUCACAACAUGAACUUACUUAGGUCUAAAUGCAAAAGAGUAACGCAAAGUAGAAGGGAUGAACAUCAAGAUCAAGGUACCUGGAAGCUUCACUCAUUUCUUCAAGGGCUUUCAUUCAAUAAUACAUUUGGAGAAACUGUGUCCAUCAACCAUCAUGGAGAAGUGCUUUCUGGAUUUGAUAUUACAAAUGUGGUCAUGUUUCCAAACAAUUCCUACCGUAAGGUGAAAAUUGGAAAGAUGGAUCCCAAAGCACAUGAUGGAGAUGAAUUUGUGAUUCAUGAAGAUUUAAUUGUGUGGCCCAAAUAUUUUAAGAGGGUCUUGCCGCGCUCAGUGUGUAAUGAUCCCUGUCCUGCAGGCUUUCAGAAGAAAAAAAAAGAAGGGCAUAAAUUUUGUUGCUAUGAUUGUGAUCCAUGUUCUGAUGGGAAGAUGUCAAACAUGUCGGAUGUGAUUGCCUGUUCUGAAUGUCCAGAAGAUCAAUAUCCAAGUAAGGAUAAAGUUCGAUGCAUCCAAAAAACCAUAACUUUCCUAACAUAUGUAGAACCUUUAGGAAUUAGUUUAGCUAUGAUUGCUUUUUUAUUUUCAAUCAUUACUGUGUUCAUACUUGGAACAUUUAUCAAGUAUAAAGACACCCCUAUUGUUAAAGCUAACAACAAGGACCUCACCUACACGCUCCUCAUCUCCCUUCUGCUUUGCUUUCUCUGCUCUUUUCUUUUCCUUGGAAAACCCCUCAAACUGAUUUGCUUCUUCCGACAAUCAGUCUUUGGUAUUAUCUUCUCUGUGGCUGUUUCUUCUGUAUUGGCCAAAACUAUCAUGGUCAUUGCAGCAUUCAUGGCCACCAAACCAGGAUCUGACAUGAGAAAAUGGUUGGGGAAAAGAUUGUCCAUCUUAAUUGUUAUUUUCUGUUCCUUCAUUCAAACAAUCAUUUGUGUAGCAUGGAUCGUCACCUCUCCCCCCUUUCCAGAACUUAACAUGCUAUCAAUGACUGAAGAGAUCAUAGCAGAAUGUAAUGAAGGAUCUGUUGUGAUGUUUUAUCUUGUCUUGAGCUAUAUGGGGUUUCUAUCUUUGGUCAGCUUCAUGGUGGCUUUCCUAGCUAGAAACUUGCCAGACACCUUCAAUGAAGCCAAGUUCAUCACCUUUAGUAUGUUGAUGUUUUGUAGUGUUUGGUUAACUUUUGUUCCAACCUAUGUGAGUACCAAAGGAAAAUAUAUGGUAGCUGUGGAGAUCUUCUCCAUUUUAGCUUCUAGUGCUGGGUUAUUGGGAUGUAUCUUUUUCCCUAAAUGCUACAUUAUUUUGUUGAGGCCUGAGCUCAAUAGCAAAGAGCUACUUGUAAAGAGAAAACAUUUCUGA